GCACGAAGUAUCCGAAAAGAGCAACACGUGGGACCCACGCGACAAGCAAGAUGGCGACGACCAUGGAAGAGAAUUUCAAGUUCGGCUUGGAUAUUCAUUUCGCCCAAAGAUUGGCUGGAAACGUGACUAAAAUCCGAGAGAGGACCGUGAAAAAGCUGAAGAGAUGGAUCGCUGCUCGAUCCUUAAAACAGGGAGACGUAGGCAUGGAGUCAGAACUUAUGCGUCUGUGGAAGGGCCUAUUCUACUGCAUGUGGAUGUGUGAUAAGCCAGUCAUUCAGGAAGAGAUGGCUGAUAAGAUUGCCGAACUCGUUCACAGCUUCACAACACCAAAGGGAGCAAUGGCAUUCUUUGAUGCAUUUCUUCUGACGAUGAAACGGGAGUGGAUUGGCAUUGACAGGUUGCGAAUGGACAAAUUCUUCAUGUUUGUUAGACGAUGCUUGCGUCAGGUCCUGGUGGUGCUUAGGAACAAUAACUGGGAAGACAGCAUUGUGGAGCAGUUCUUGGCAGUGCUGUGCAAGACGCCACUGAGCGCCGAUCCAGAAGCCUCACCGGACGGUCUCCGCUACCACUUCAUUGAUAUCUACAAGGAGGAGCUGGCACGGUGUGCUGGUCAAGAGCUUACACCAAGUGUUCAAGUCAUGAAGCUGAUAGAUCCAUUCUGUGUAUUGGUGACUACAACUCGCAACAAGACUCUUCUUAAAGUCAUCUUGCGUGGCUUCUUCCAAGAAAUCAUCGACGAGUCAGACGUCGGGUUCCGAGACGAGUCGGAGGACGAAGGGAUCGACUCCGGGGAAGAGGAAAAGGAAGAGGGUGACAAGGACGAGGGUGACAAGGAACAGGAGGAAAAUGAGGAAAACUUGGAGGAGGAAGACAACGAAGAAGAAGAAAAGAAGAAGAAGUAUGUGCGGAAGGAGCGACCCAAAUUAAAGUAUGACUACGAAGCCAUUGCAGAGCGUCUUUUCACUCUGGCCAGCCAACAGUCUACGCCAGGUUUUGUCCGGAGAAAAGUAUAUACGAUGGUGAAAAAGUUCCGAGAUCUAAAAGAAGGCGUGUUCCCAGACUACAAUGUGGGCUCCCUCAUGGACUACCAGGAUGACGACGAUGAAACUGAGCAAAAAUACGGCGACCGGCCCCCGCCGGAAAAGCAGAAGAAGCCACGUCGCCGAGGCGGAAAGCAGGUCCGGGAACGGAGACUCGCCAAGGCCCAGAUAGAAACUGCCAGAGAGGCCCGGCAGACUGGCAAGCGUUUUGCCGAUGACUCAGACGAGGAGGAAUUGAUGGAUGAGGAAGCGGAGGAAAAGGAGGAGGACCAAAAGAAAAAGAAGCGACGCAGGAGGAAGAAGAAGUUGAAGAAAGUUGACGGGGAGACGGAGGAAGCAACAACGACUGGUGCUGCUGGAGAGAAGGAGAAGUCUUCCGAGACAGAAGAUGGAAAGAAGGAGCCCGAGGAGGGGGACGAAUCUUCCAAACAAGAGGAAAUUGUGGAAAAGGAGCCGAUUGUCGAAGAAAAGAAGGCUGUGGAAGAAAUUAUCGUAACCGCAGCUAAGCCUAGCCCAGGAACAGACGAACCCGAUGGCGGAACCAAGAAGAAACGAGGAAGGAAACGGAAGUCCGAAGCCAGCCAAAAUGAAGUGGCAGUGCCUGUUCUUGACCACGGUGAUGCUCUGAAGGAAAGUGAAACUGCCGACAAUGAAGAAACCAAAACGGACGCCACGGCAAUGGAAACAGCUGUUGCGACUGAAACUGCUUCACCGAGUGCAGGAUCUGAAACAAAGAGCAAUAGAAAGCAGAAAGGAAAACAAGGCAAACGGAAGUCGAACGUGGGUGGCGUGGAAAGAGGGGAAGCUUCGAAUUUAGGAGAUUCAGUCGAUGCAGCUCACAAAAGUGACGCAGUGCAAAGUAAGGAGGAAAUCAUCCCUCCCAAGGAUGAAGUCCAGAUUAAUCUUUUCCCUGUCAGUGAACUUAGCAAAGAUUCAGCCACCACCAAAGACACUUCCUUGCAGCUCAGUACAGGCAGUUCGCAGAAGCUGUCAGCGGGCGGCAAGCAAAAGACGGAACAGCCGUUUGCAGCCUUCCAGACAGUGAGCACACCCCCUGCUCUUGUGAGGCGGAAGGUUGUCAGGAAAGCAGGCGAGCCAAAGACGGAACCACCAAGAAAGACAAAGUCGCGACUUUCUGGUCUUAGUGAUGACACUGACUCUGACCAGCCUACACCCAGAAAACGAGUCAAGAUAGCCCUAGGCUUGAACAAAGCACAUGCUUCCAAGGACUACAAGAAGCAGCUGGAGUCCAGCCCCGGCAUCCCCUUCGACGGCUCCAAGAAACCCACCCAGUCCGUCCUGAAGACACCCAGCCCAAAGCCCCGACCCCCCACCAAGAAGAAAACCGCCACGCCCACUUUUAAGACCCCCAGCCCCAAGAUAAUCAAGGAGGCCGGGGUUAAAUCUAGCUCCAAGAAGAGGCGGAGUCCCAAGACCACCCCCAAUCUGCGAAGGUCCUCCAGACUAAAGCCCACCCAUAAGUGAACAUUUUUAUUUAGUGCAAGUUAUACAUUAAGUCAUCACACCAUUAAACUGAUGCAUCUCUGUGUAAUCUGAACAACUAAUAAGUGAUAUAUCCUAUAUUUUUCUUGUGAGUGGGGGAUGGGGGGAAAUGCGGUACUUAAGUCAAUAUAUAUUAUGGAGACCAAAGGUUUUACGCAUGGACCCUAGAAAUUUGGGAUUUCCCCCAAUAGGCGGACACAGCUUAAUUUGCGUGACCUCAGGUCCAUGCGAGGUGAACACAAACGUCGGCCGUCGUUAAACAGCGUUCACCUCUCGAAAGGUUUCACUGCGCUAUGAUGUCGGCUACACUGGGAAAUCACAGGCAUGCAACUUUCCUUGAAUUCGCUGAUUUCCUCAUUUUUUGCUUCUUGUGAAUGCCAUGAUAAAUAGUCCUAGGAGUUAUUGACGUCACGCUUUGUGCGCUUUCCUAGAAAGCACACACAUUAACAAUGCGUGACGUCACUAGGUCGUAGGUCAAUUGAAAAACAAUUUACAAAGUGUUGCAUGCUAUGAAAGUGGCACCCCCUAUAUCUAAGCCUGGUACAUGCGUAAUGCAUCUCAUAUUUGUUUAUUUGUUUAAUUCAGGACAUUCAUCACUACUAUGCUCUUGACAUGUGAGAUUCGUCACUUUUUGGGGGUAAAUGACGAUUUGAACCAACACAAGCAGAAGCGGCACAUUUUUCCUUUUUUUUUUUUAUCGAUAUAUAUUGAUAUAUCGAAGCAAACUUUCAUGCGUUUAAAGUGUAGAAUGUUUUAAUCAACAUACAUGUACUUGCAUAUGAACUUCGUCACACUAACAUCUUUAAAAUGGAGUAAAAUAAUACCCACACCUCUUUUACAUGUUUUUGAUUUUUUUGAUUUUAAAUUUUUGUUUAAUUAAUAUUUGAAUUGUAAAAUUGUGAAAUUUGUGAACUUUUCAACUGAAGGUUUAAUGAUUUAUCACUUUAUCAAGUUGGCCAAACCUUAAACACAAAUUUAAUUUCUAGAUUAGCAUGUGCAGAUGUAUUCACACUGUAGUAAGCCUAAAAUGAAAGGGCUGAUUUUGAUUUAAAGAUAGUUGCAAGGAAAGAAAAUGGAAUUCGGGCGAUUCACAAUGCAGUGCGCCACCAAGAGUUUGCCAUGGAGAGUUCAUUUUUUCCUAGUGCAUUGUGGGAGAUGGUCGACAAAUUCGCAGCGCGGGACAUUUGAAAUUGUCAGUUUUUCCGGCGAGAAAGUUCGUAAGCGGUUGUUUCGAGUAUCUCUUUGCCCUUUUCUUUUCGUUUUAUCAAUAUGGAGUUUUUUGUAAGGUGGCAGAUUGCUUUGCCCCAAUCUAUAACAAAUUAGCUCAAGUUUUCUACUGACACUCAUUCAAAUGGGUCAUGUUUUGUCGACCGUGACCUUGAAAAACAAACUCUCCGUGGCAAACUCUUGGUGGCGCACUGCAUUGUGAAUCGCCCGAAUUGUUCACAUUUUAUACACCGACAAGUGUCCUCAUAAAGGAUACAAUAAAAUGAGUCUAUUACAUGUAUAAAAGGAAAGCCCAAAAAAGAAAUCCUUUAACAUGGAAUGGUCAAUGGGAACAAAUGUUACAACCUGAUGCCAUGUUACAACUGAUAAUGUACCAUAGUAACCAACGGAUAACAUAUCACCAACAGAUAAUGUCCCACAAAUUGACCAAUACUGUUUCACUAACCAGUAGUGUAACAGAAAUUGACUGAUAGUGUAGCACUAUCGGUACAUUUUUGCUACAUUAUCGGUUAGGGUCGAUAAUGGUACACUGUAACAACAAUUGACUGAUAGUGUAGUACAUUUUAAUACUACAGUAUCGGUCAAUUUUUGUGACAUUAUUGGUUCGUGAUACAUGAUCUGUUGGUUGCUAUACAUUAUCAGUUGUAACACGCCACUUCCGCGAUUGUGUGCCAAGUCUGUGGUAUUUCCCAACAAAAUUGGAAAUGUUUCUCAGUCCCAGAUUCAUGUCUUAUCAUCAGUUUUGCAAUGAAUGACCUCCAUUGAGAUGAUAUAUGAAGAAAAAAGUGGCGUCUGGUUGCAACAUUUUUUUCCAAAUGUUACUUUUGUUUCAAACUGGAAGGUGAUGGAGCACUGCUAAUUUGUUUUGUGGGGUUUUUUUUUGGGGGGGGGUGGAAAUUGCCAACAGUCAACAACCAAACAACAAGAAAAGAAUCAAACUAUUCUUAGGCUUUUUUAAUUUGUAUUUUGUUCAAAUUGGUUCAAAUACACAGAUUGAAGGAUGAAAUUUGUCUCAAAUGGGUUAAACUUGUUUCGUUUAUUGAAUACAUGAACAACAUGAUGAAUAAAGAAGUUAUAAAGCUGAACGCGAUUAACUUGGAACAAUUAUAACACCAUGACCUUUUAAAAAUGACUGUGUUCCAACUUUAUUGGUUUCAUUAAUUUUGAAAUAAAUUACUUGGAAAAUUUUUUAGAUGUUUGUA